CUCUCUCUUGGUAUUAAAUUUGUUGAGAGGACAAAAAAUUUCAAGAAUACGAAACGAGUCUGAUAGAUUCAGUUUUUAUGAUUUAUGUUUUAGGUUUUGGCAAUGAACAUGAUUUCUUUAUGCUAAUGCUUUGAUUCUGUUGUUGAAGGUAGAGUUUCGUUUUCGCCAAUUUGUAUCGGUUAAAUUUUGCAAUCCAAGAAAAGUAGUUCUCUAGGAAUUCUCUGGAUUGUUCUAGAUCGAAAAUGUGAAUUUUUAUGAUCGGUGAUGAUUCUGAUUGAUUUGGCUUCUGUUGUUCUUAGAGUGGAGGUUAGUAAGUGAAGAUGAUGCCGGGGACACCAGCAACUCCGUCGGCUAAGCUACGAAGGACUCCGGGUGGUUCAAAAGUCAGCGAGGAGAAAAUUUUGGUCACUGUUCGUUUGAGGCCGCUGAACAGGCGAGAACAGGCAAUGUAUGAUCUUAUAGCUUGGACUGCUUGGAUGAGCACACCAUAGUUUUCAAGAAUCCGAAUCAUGAGCGACCUUCAAACCCGUACACCUUUGAGCACACCAUAGUUUUCAGGAAUGAACGCUACAAUUUUUGCAUACGGGCAGACUAGUAGUGGCAAGACAUUUACCAUGAGAGGAAUCAGCGAAAAUGCAGUGAGGGACAUCUUCGAACACAUCAAGAAUACGCCAGAAAGGGAUUUUGUUUUGAAAUUUUCUGCUUUGGAGAUCUACAAUGAAACUGUUGUUGAUCUUCUGAAAUGCAAAUCUGGCUCACUUUGGCUUUUGGAUGACUCUGAGAAAAGCACCAUAGUUGACAAGCCACAGGAAGAAAUUGUUGAGAAUGGCGAACAUUUGAGGCACUUAAUUGGAAUUUUUGAAGCUCAAAGGCAAGUGGGAGAAACUGCCCUAAAUGAUAAAAGCUCAAGAUCGCAUCAGAUAAUAAGGCUGCUAGACAUGAUGAAUUUAUAUUUUUUUAAAUGUUUCAUGAAAGACCAUAGAAAGCAGCCUCCGGGAGAGUUCAGGGUCUGUGAAGGCUUUUGGAGUGAGUUUGAACCUUGUGGACCUUGCUGGAAGUGAACGUGCCUCCCAAACAAAUGCAGAUGGUAAAGGAUUGAAGAAAGGCAGUCACAUUAACCGUAGCUUGUUGACACUCACAACCGUUAUCAGGAAGCUAAGGUA